AUGGAGAGUCCAACAAGCCCUGCUGCCAUGGGCAAAGCACCGCCCAUAUUCAGAAUCAAUCUCUCGCUGCCACCAUCCGAACGCUAUGUUGAGCUGUCGCGUAUCUACCGAGACAGGAUGCGUGCCCUGCGCGGCAUGUUCGAUGAACUGGUCCAAGGCAUUUCGCCCAAAAUCCCCUUAAAAGGAGUCCACUGGCUAGCCCGGCUUGCUUUGCGUCGACUCUAUGCGGAUGAGGAGACGGAUGAGCUUCGCGGAAUCAGUCACACAACGGAUAUUGACAUGUACCUACUCAUCAGCUUGAAUACGGUACUCGACCUUCUCAUGGGGUGUACUAGUGGUGGUGUACGUACCAAGAGCGGAUCGCAGACCAAAAUGAUUCAUUUCCGCACUCUGGAUUGGGGCAUGGACCCGUUGCGCGAUUUGAUAGUACAGCUGGAGUUUGUGAGAGACGAUGAUCCGGAGAAAGUGCUAGCCACGAGCAUCACGUACGUUGGCUAUAUCGGCGUGCUUACGGGAGUGAGAAAAGAUCUCAGCAUGUCACUCAAUUUCCGUCCUGUGCAUGACGAAUCCCGGAACGUGGCUUUUUACACCAAUCAUCUGCUCGUUCUGCUUGGGGUCCGGCAAUCAAUUUCAUCGUUGCUGCGAGAAUGUCUAUUCUCGUUUCCCGAUGAACCGAAGCCAAAGAAGAGAAAAGAUUCAUUAUCAACACUGGAGAAGAUCGUCGCUCAAGUCCCCGGUAUGCCCACCACGGCAGUGUACUUGAUCUUCAGUGACGGCGUCACAACGGUGACUAUGGAGAAAGACCAUCGAACGGCUGUAGUUCGUUCUUCUCCGUCAUUCAUCAUCGCCACGAACCACGACCAACAACCUGACUCGAAGCCCCCGAAAGCUAUUGCUGACAAGAAGCGGAAGAACCACGUUGGUCUAUCGCUUGUAUCCUCCGACGCACAAGUCAUGGCCGAUUUGAUUGAAGAUAGCAACGAAAGACGCGAUUGCAUGCAAGCCCGAUGGGACCAAAAGGUCCAGAAGGCUGUACCAACUAAGAAGGCCGCUAUGAAAAAGGCCACAGAACAUAUCGAAAACUUCGAUCAGCCGCAGGGUAGUCGCUCAUCACUACGCUUGCGGAAGAAACGAGAGGAAGAAGCCGAGGACGCUGAACGACAACGCGUGUCGAUUCAGGACUCUUUAGACGGCGCAGAUGUGGCCGUCACUCAAAAGGAAGUUAUUUCUUGGCUCACGACAUUCCCAGUCUUGAACGAAACCACACACUAUGCGACUAUCAUGGACGCUUCCAAGGGGAAAGUGGCUUGGCUACGACAAUAUGACCCAAGCGAAUGGGAAGAAGUCAAUGAAGAUGCGAGUGACUAA